CCACCAUCGUUGAUCUCCUUGAGAAUAAGAAAGUUUCAUGGCCACGUACCAGGAGAACAUGCCUACGGAUGCUUACCUUCUUAACCACGCCUCCAAGAACUACAAUACCGGCUCUGGCAGUUACGGCUACUAUGUCCGCAAACACAACCCCCUCAUCAUCCAUGACGCCAUCUCAAACAAGACUUCCCGCGCGCGUCGCAUUCGUAACUUCAACGAUUUCGCAGCGGAUGUCAGUGCUGGCGCAUUACCACAGUGGGUUCUCAUUACACCCAAUAUGGUGAAUGAUGGCCAUGAUACGACAAUCGAUUUUGCGGGCGAAUGGUUGAAGUAUUGGUUGGUUCCGCUCUUGAAAAACAAGAAUUUCAAUAGUGGACAUGGGGCGGAUGGGACCCUUAUUGUUCUUACAUUUGAUGAGAAUCAUAGUUACACCGUUCAGAAUCGAAUCGUUACCAUCCUUCUCGGAUCAGCCGUUCCGAUGCAUCUGAAGGGUACAGUCGACGAUACCUUCUACACGCAUUAUUCCCUUCUCUCGACAGUCGAGGCGAAUUGGCAACUCGGUAAUCUUGGACGUGGAGAUACAAAUCUCUCACUGGCCAACGUCUUUGACUUCGUCGCCAAACAAGCCAAUGUUAAAAAUGUACCCCCGCCUAACCCAGUCCCUCUCACGAACUUGACAGGGAUGUGCCCCGGUCCGUUCAAUCCCAGCGCAUGGAUUCCGUUCGUUGCACCAGUUAAAUCGAACCGGUUUGGGCAUACUUAUAUUCGCCCUGGGAUGAAUUUGAGUGUGACGAAGGAGACGAUUGGGCCGCCGAUCAACAUUACGUAUGCGGACAAUCCGUACGCUGGAACUGGGAGCAUUGUGACUUUGUACUAAGCUGUCAUGUUGUCGCUUGUUCAAUGGCAUCGUGGAAAGUAGAUGUUUGUCGGUUCGAUAGAAAAGUGAGCGUGACAAUGAGAUUGCAUCUACUAAAUAUGCUGUUGCUCGAGAGCCU